GUACAAUUAUUCUCGCUCGCUUCUGCCACUGAAGUAUUCGAAUGCUAAAUAGUACUAAUUGCUGCUGUUGCAAAGUUUGUUGUCUAUUACUAAUAUACACCUCAAUAUGGCUUCAAGAAAAGUGAUAAAUUUUGCUCCUGGUCCGGCUAAAUUACCCGAACAGGUUAUGAAACAAGCACAGGAUGAAUUUGUAAGCUUUGGUGAAAGUGGAAUUAGCGUCCUCGAAAUGAGCCAUAGAGGUUCAGAUUUUCUCGAUAUAAUCAACACGGCAGAGAACAAUCUUCGCGACUUAAUGAAUAUUCCGGACAAUUAUAAAGUAUUAUUUUUACAAGGAGGCGGAAAUGGUCAAUUUGCAGCUGUGCCUUUAAAUCUUAUGAAUUUUAAACCUGGCUGUAAAGCAGACUAUAUAGUAACUGGAAGUUGGUCAGCUAAGGCAGCAAAAGAAGCAGAAAAAUAUGGUCAAGUUAACUAUGUACUACCAAAUAUGAAAGACUAUACUUCAAUCCCAGACGUCUCAGAGUGGAAGCUUGAUCCAGAAGCUUCAUAUGUAUAUUAUUGCGACAAUGAAACAGUUCACGGUGUUGAGUUCCAUUUUAUACCAGACACAAAUGAGGUUCCCCUGGUUGUUGACAUGUCUUCUAAUAUUUUAUCAAGGCCUAUAGAUGUUACUAAAUUCGGCCUAAUUUAUGGUGGCGCCCAGAAAAAUAUUGGCUGCGCUGGUGUUACAGUUGUUAUUGUCAGGGAAGACCUUUUGGGUCAUGCUCAACCCAUUUGUCCAACAAUUUUUGACUAUCGUGUUCAAGCAGGAAACAGUAGUUUAUAUAAUACCCCACCAACGUUCAGUAUUUAUAUGAUGGGAUUGGUCUUCAAGUGGUUGGUACAACAAGGGGGGGCUCACGCAAUGAAAGAUCUCUCAAAUGAAAAAUCCUCUAUCAUUUAUGAAGUUAUUGAUCAAAGCAACGGCUUUUAUUGUGUCCCAGUUGAACCAACUGCUAGAAGUCGAAUGAAUAUCUGCUUCCGUAUUGGAUCGAAAGAUGGAAAUGCAACUUUGGAAAAAUUAUUUAUAGAGGGAGCUGCUAAGAAAGGAAUGCAAUCUCUAAAAGGUCAUCGUUCAGUAGGAGGAAUUAGAGCAUCCGUUUACAAUGCUAUAACUAUAGAAGAGACUCAAGCUUUGGCAACUUAUAUGAAAGAAUUUAAAAGACAAAACCAUUUAAACUAG